AUGUGUGAUGACCUCAUGGCACCUGGACGCUUAUCCUGGAAGCAGCUGGCACGCGUGCAGGACCAGAAGAACAUCGCGCAUUGGUGCACAAACAACUUAAGGCUGCGGGAGUCCUUGCUGCCCCACUACACCACCAGGGGUUGUCCUGCGACCAUCUACAUUGUGCUCUCCACAGAAUGGAUUUUCAGGACCUUUGCUAUAGGAGGGUUGACUAGCACAGACUCUGAAUUCAGUUGCAGCUUGCCCAGUGAGAGAAUUAGUGGCUAUCUUAGCCACCCUGGAGAUAUUGUUAUAGGAGGAACCUUUAUGGUUCAUGUGGACAGUGCCUUUAAUGAUAUUGAUUUUACAAGGAAACCCCAAGAACUCCAGUGCCUGACGUUUGCUCCAGAGUAUUACCAGAGCAUGCAGGCAUUAGUAUUUGCUGUGGAGGAGAUUAACUCAGACACUGAACUUCUUUCCAACAUUACAUUGGGCUUUCAGAUUUUAGACACUUGUGUCACAUUGAGGAAAGCAGCCCAAGGGGCUCUUUCCAUGUUAUCAGGAGGAGAGGGGAUAACUCCAAAUUAUAAAUGGUACAAAGGGGGACGUCUUGCUGGUGUUGUUGGUGACUCUGGGUCCUCACGAUCAAUUCUUAUGGCCCAAAUCUUAGGACUAUAUCGAUAUCCACAGAUCAGUUAUUUUGCAACAAGUCCUCUUUUGAGUGACCGUUACCUGUUUCCUUCCUUUUUCCGUACUAUACCUAGUGACGAAUUUCAGAUGAGAGGCUUGGCCCAGAUGGUUUCUUAUUUUGGCUGGUCUUGGGUUGGCCUCCUGGCUAGUGAUAAUGAUUAUGGUCAGUAUGGAUUUCAGAUGGUAAAGCAGGAGAUAACAAAUGCUGGCGCUUGUCUGGCUUUCUCCGAGAUUAUUUUGACUGGUCAGUAUAACAGGAAUGCUCCUUAUCUUGCCCAAGUCAUUAAAAGAACAACUGCAAAGGUUGUGGUUGUUGUAGCCUAUAAUUUUGUGGUUGUCGUGGAAGAGCUCUUGAGACAAAAUGUAACUGGGAAAAUCUGGUUGGCCAGUGAAUCUUGGUCAACUUCAGGUUUACUCUCUAUUGAGCGAUACCAAGGAAUAUUGUUGGGCACCAUUGGUUUUGCCAUUCAUAGUGGGCACAUGCCAAUGUUCAAUACAUAUCUCAACAGCCUGCAUCCAUCAACAAAUCUUUAUGAUCCAUUUAUAAAGGAAUUUUGGGAAGAAGCUUUCUCCUGUAAGUGGCUGAGUCAGGAAAACAUUGUUUUGCGAAUAGAGAAUACAACAGAAAUAUGUACAGGAAAUGAAAAGUUGGGGACUAUAUUAAAAGAAGAAUAUCAGAGAGAGUCCCUUACUGUAUAUACUGCUGUUUAUGCCAUUGCAUGGGCCCUACAUAAUUUGUUAAACUGUACUCCUGGAACUGGACCGUUCCAUCAUGGGCAUUGUGCCAGCAUCUCUUCAUUUUACCCUUGGCAGCUUCUCCACUAUGUCAAAAAUGUAAACUUUAAGACCAAAGGAAGGAAGCAAGUUGCUUUUGACGCAAAAGGGGAUUCUCUUGCAGUUUAUGACAUUGUAAAUUGGAAAAUGAGCACCAAUGGAAAACUGGAACAGGUUGUGAUUGGUAUUUAUAAUGCCAGUGCUAUUGUAGGCAAAACCUUCAAUGUAGACAAGUCUGGAAUUACAUGGAUCAACAACAACACUCAGAUUCCUCUUUCCAAAUGCAGCCUCAACUGUAACUUAGGAUUUUGGAAGGUAACUGUACCAGGAAAACCCUCUUGCUGCUAUGACUGUGCCCAGUGUCCCCAAGAUGCUGUGGAAUGUCACCCAUGUUCCUGGGACACAUGGCCCAAUCUACAACAGGACAGAUGUUUACCAAGAACAACAGAGUUUCUUUCCUAUAAAGAACCUUUGGGCUACAGCUUAGCAGCCACGUCAUUUUUCUCCUCCCUCAUCCCACUUGCUCUUCUGGGUGUUUUUUAUUUUUUCAGAAAGACACCAAUAGUUCGAGCCAACAAUUAUUCCCUUAGUUGCCUUCUCUUACUUUCUCUGUUUCUCUGUUUCCUUUGCUCUUUAGGGUUCAUUGGUUACCCACAAGCUGAAAUGUGUCUUCUGCGCCAGGUGGCAUUUGGGAUGGUUUUUGCUCUUUGUAUCUCCUGUGUUCUGGCCAAAACCAUCACUGUAGUUAUUGCUUUUAAUGCAACCAAACCAGGCAGUAGGUUAAGAAAAUGGACAGGGGUGAAAGUGUCCUCUACUGUUAUUAUAAUUUGCACCUCUAUUGAUUUCUGCAUAUGUGUGACUUGGAUGACAUUCUUUCCUCCUUUUCCUGAACUUGACACUUACACCAAACCUGGAUUCAUCAUUGUCUACUGCAAUGAGGGCUCACCCCUUGCUUUCUGGUGCAUGCUGGGAUAUCUUGGCCUUUUGUCUUCCAUUAGUUUCAUUGUUGCAUUUCUGGCUAGACAACUCCCUGACAGUUUCAAUGAAGCCAAAUUGAUCACAUUCAGUAUGUUGGCUUUCCUCAGUGUCUGGUUGUCCUUUAUCCCGGCCUAUCUCAGUGCACGGGGCAUGUAUACUGUGGCAAUGGAGGUCUUUGCCAUUUUGUGUUCCAGCUGGUCUCUGGUUGGUUGUAUCUUUGUACCAAAAUGUGCCAUUAUAUUGUUUAAGCCCAACCUGAACUCCAAAGAACAUCUCAUGGGCAGAGGUAGAAGCAAGAAAACAUAGAAGGUUCCGAUAGUUCAAAACUGUACAUAUAAAAAUUUAAUAUAUGAAACCUUGAACCUGGACUUUCCAGGUCCUUAUAACCUGCCCACUGCCCUACUCAUUUUCAUUUAUUUAUGCAUAUUUUUUAAUAUGCUAAUACGCUGUAUAAAAUUGUUAUAUGUUUUGUGGUCCUCUGUACUGUAACUGUGAUAGAAACAACAAACAAGAUAGCAGAAGACAUUGUUUGAAACACUUACCACGUAGAUAAGGUGGUCCAUGUGCACUGACUCCAGAACUUCAGCUUGGGCAGUGGAUAAACCAAUAGCAUCCGGACACUCAAAAGCUCCACAAAGAUUGCAGAAAAUCAGUAUAAAAAGUAUUUAUUGCAAACUACAUUAAGGGGGUUAUUUAUUAAAGUCCGAAUGGUAAAAACUCGAAAAAUUAGAAAGAAAUGCAAAAAGUCACAAUCCGAAAAUGCUCCAUUUUCAACCUGUCGAGGUCCUGUAGAAGUCAAAGGCAGAGGUCCUAUUUGCAAUUUGAAGAUAUUUGCACCGAUUUGCACUGGGUUUCGUAUUAUAAUCCGAACA